GGGCUGCUCCGCCGCGCCCCUCGGCUCCGCUCCGCUCUUCACCGUGUGGGGCUUCCCCGCGCCCGGCGGGCGGGAGGAGCCGCCGUUUCCGCUGGGUGUCACUCUGGGGUGGGAGAGGCGCGUUCAAAAGCGGAGGGCAGGGAAAAGCCCGCCGACAGCCCCGGCCGCCCGCACCGGCAGCGUCCGCCGCCCGCCACGCCGCGGCACGGGCGGCAGCCGCUGCGCUUCCUGCGGGCCGGGGCGCUCCCGGCCCUCCGCCUCGGAGCCGGCGCCCGGCGGAGAGUCCUCGGCUGGUGCCGGCUGCCCCCCGAGCCCAGCCCCUGCGGACGGAGGCCGCCUAACCCUGCCAGAAGGAUGCUGGAGGGCGGCUGCAAGGCGGUGAAGGAGGGCAUGCUGGAAAAGAGGAGCGACGGGCUGCUGCAGCUCUGGAAGAAGAAGCGCUGCAUCCUCACCGAGGAGGGGCUGCUCCUCAUCCCCCCCAAACACCCCCCGCCGCCGCAGCAACAGCAGCAGCCGCCGCUGCCGGCUGAACCGGCGGCCAAGAUCAAGGAGCUUCACUUCUCCAACAUGAAGACGGUGGACUGCGUGGAGCGGAAGGGCAAGUACGUGUACUUCACGGUGGUGAUGGCCGAGGGAAAGGAGAUCGACUUUCGGUGCGCGCAGGAGCAGGGCUGGAACGCGGCGAUCACGCUGCAGAUGGUGCAGUACAAGAACCGCCAGGCCAUCCUGGCCGUGCGCUCCACCCGGCAGAAGCAGCAACACCUGGCGGCGCCCCACGGCCCGCGCCUCCGCGGCGCGUCCAACUCCGCCUAGCGCAGGUUGCGUUCACGGAGCGCUUCGGGGAAGCGGGACUAAGAGCGUUCGUGGCGGACCUGCGCCAGGGGGUCUGAAACUGGGGAAGCGCCGGAGGGGCAGG